CCUGGUCCUGAUCCUGGUCCUGAUCCUGAUCCUGAUCCUGAUCCUGGUCCUGAUCUCUGGACGUCUCUCAGAGGUGACGCUCCAGGAGAAACACACGUCUGAUGUUAUUUUGUCUGUUUGUGUUUGCAGUGGAGAUCAGCAUGAAGGGUCCUCACGACUACAUAUCUGCCUCUGAGUGGCCUCUGAUGGUGUUCUACAUGGUGAUGUGUAUUGUGUACGUGCUGCUCGCUGCACUCUGGUUGGUUCUGUCGGCGUGUUACUGGAGGGAUCUGCUCAGGAUCCAGUUCUGGAUCGGAGGCGUCAUCUUCUUGGGAAUGUUGGAGAAAGCUGUUUAUUACGCAGAGUUCCAGAGCAUCAGAUACGACGGCCUGUCAGUCCACGGGGCCGUGGUGUUCGCUGAGCUUCUCUCUGCGGUGAAGAGGACUCUGGCUCGGGUGCUGGUGAUCAUCGCCAGUCUGGGAUACGGCAUCGUCAAGCCCAGACUCGGCGCCCUGCUUCACAGAGUCGUCGCUGUGGGUCUGCUCUACCUGAUGUUCUCCAGCGUCGAGGGAAUCCUCCGAGUCAACACUGAUCGAGGAGACAACACCAGCAGUAGAGUUUUGUGUGACAUCGUGCUGGCCUUCACUGACUCCUGUAUCGUCUGGUGGAUCUUUGUGAGUCUGGCUCAGACCAUGAAGCUGCUGAAGCUGCGGAGGAACGUGGUGAAGCUCUCGCUCUACAGACACUUCACCAACACGCUCAUCUUCGCCGUCAUAGCUUCGGUCAUUUUCAUCGCCUGGACGACAAACACCUUCAAGAUGCCGAAGUGUUUGUCUGACUGGAGGGAGCUGUGGAUAGAUGACGCGUUCUGGCGCUUUUUGUUUUCCAUCAUCCUAUUGGUCAUAAUGUUCCUAUGGCGACCGUCAGCCAAUAACCAGAGAUACGCCUUCAGUCCUCUGGUGGAUGAAGAGAGUGAAGAAGAGGAGCAGGAGCCGAUGAUGAACGAAGCUUUCGAGGGGAUGAAGAUGAGGGGCAUGAAGAACGAGACCAACGGUUCGGCCAAAGCAAACAAAGUGGAUGAGGAUCUGAAGUGGGUGGAGGAGAACAUCCCGUCAUCUAUGGCAGACGUAGCCCUGCCCCCCCUGCUGGACUCGGAUGAGGAAAUCAUGACGACGAAGUUCGAGAUGUCCAAGAUGGAGUGAGGAGGAAGAGGAGGUAGAGACGAAGAGUCCGUUCAACACACGGAGAAAUAAAACAGAUUAGUGUCGGUGAUGGAGGGAAGGAGCGAUGCACAUGUGAGGAGGGAAAGACGAACUGAUGGAUGACAGAGGGAACGCGGAGAGGAAGGAGUGUUUGAUUUACAGUCGGUAUGUGGUUCGAUCCCUGAACGUAUGAGCUUUGUAAGCCCUGGUUGUACAAACACUGGGAGUCGAAACAAUCACAGCGACACGGACGCUUCUUUUUAUCGCCUGUUUAUAUUUAUCUCUCUCUCUCUCUCCAAAUAUAUAUAACAUCAAAUGCGUCGUAUAUAUAUUCAUUGAUAUAUAUUCACACAGUUGAUGUUACUGUUUUUGUUUUUGCCUUCUCACCGUUUACAUGCCGAGAUGUGGUUUUCCAAUCUUGCGUCAGUCGACGUGUGUGUUUACUGACAGUGGUUUUGUUUCUGGAGUUGGAAACUGUUCGUGUUGAGUUUUGUUUGGAUCCGUUCGUUCUGUAAAAGCUGUAAAUCACAAAGAAGAGAAUGUGAAUGAACUCAUGGAAACAGAUUUUCUUUGCCAUCGGUUUUUGGAAGUGUGUUGUUUUUCCCGCUUCAGCCAUUAAAUUAAAUUCUUCUCAUUGAGACGGUUUUUCUUCAUAAGCUCGCUGAUAUUUUUGUAUUUUUUAUUUUUUUCCAAAUCAUCAUGUUUGCUCCAUCUGGCUGAUUAAAAUCCAACUUUAAUGAAA